AUGAUCAUCGACGACGACCAAACGACGAUCACCACGGUUUCCCGCGAGUCGACUCCUCGGAGUCCCUCGUGGCCUCCACUAUCUCCUGAGACGUUGGCAAAGUCGCUGCGCGAGGGUGCGGAGUGGGACCGAGCUAACGCCGAAGCUGCUGCACGUGUCCAAGCAGAAAAGGAGGCGAUCAUCAACGCCCAACUCGACGCGGAGGAACCGCUCGUUCGCCACCAAUUUGCAGAGUGGGGUCAGGAAGAUGGACAACUGCGAUUCAUCAACAUUCGUGGCACCGGCUCCGGGUCGAACAAGAAGAUGAAGAGGUCGCAAACGGUGGCCGAUCUCAGCGAUCCGAGCGACGACCCGGUCGAUAUCAAGCGCGUUCUGAACAGGGUCAAAGGUCGAGCAGGAAAGGAGGUAGCGGGUCAGGGGAAGAGGGUGACGAGGUCGAUGUCGGCGGCGGCGGCGAUGCAGGUCGAGGGGGCCAAGGCGAAAGCGGAGAAGGGUAAAGGGGUGGAGGAGGAGAAGCGCUGGUCCGACCACGAGCCCGAGGAUGACAUUCUCCCCGAAUUCCCACUCUUUGAGGACGACACUACCGCCAAGAGCACGUCUACAUCGUCUAUCCAAUAAUGAUCAAGCACACCAUCACCAGCUGGAACGUGAGGAGGUGCAUGGGGAUCCCGGAAAAGCGACGCAACAUUUACACCUAUUUAUCAACAUUCAAAGCAUCCGCCAUUCUACUACAAGAACACUUCAUCAAACCGGAACUCUGGCAAUGUAUCAAGGACGAGUACGAGGGCAAGGUCUUCAUCAGCAAACACUGUCUGACUCUGAUCCCCGCCGACUCGCCCCUGAUCGACGCCGAGAUUUUGCGCACCCACUCGGCACUCGACGGACGAAUCCUGGUCACCUCCUUUCGACUUCGAGGCGACAUCCGGAUACUCGAGAUCAACAACAUUUACGCACCAGUCGAUACAAAACAACGACUCACAUUCUUUGACAAACUACAUUUCCACAGGACGCAGAGCACCCACCUUCGACUCCUCGGCGGCGAUCUCAACGACUGCCCGCUGCCGGCGAUCGAUCGGCGGAACCAAGGUCGGCACGGCCAUCACUGGCCGAUCCUGAUCGGCAAGCUCGACUCGCCCUACACCGACUGCAUACGAUUCAAACACCCGCUCACACCAUCUUUCACUCGACCCAACAUCGUCCGCAAGCGACCAAAGUCCUUUUCACGACUUGACUACUUCCUUCUGCAGCGCACCCACCAAAAGCGACUCGUCCAAGCCUCGACGAUCUACGACCACCCCAAGGACCUUUCGGAUCACCGACCGGUCUCGAUCGUCCUAGUUCUCUCGGAUGAGCGAGGAGACGCGGCUCAACCCAACAACAGUUUACCAACGACAUCAAACCAAUUACAUCGUAUCAACGCGGCGACCUUCAAGACGGCGGAGUUCCAGGGGAUGUUGGAAGGAUGGUUGGAAGGAGCGAGUGGGGAGGAACCGGUGGGGGAGCUCGAGGUGGUGCUGGGGAACUGCGCGAAGGAGGGUCGGGAGCUGGCGAGGAGGGAGCAUCGGGAGCGGGUGGAGCGGAUGGCGGUCUUGGUGGGAAGGGUGCAGGAUCUGGAGGCGUUGCCGGUGAUGGGGGACGAGGAGACGGCCGAAUGGACGCGGACGACGGAGGAACUUAGGCGAGCGGUCAACGAGCGCGCGCGCCAACUUCGGAUCCGAGCCCACGUACCCGAAAUCGCUACCGAGGAACGACUGUCGCGGCCGGUCCACGCCAAGCUCGCGGCACGGAGUUCGGAUUCCAAGAUCACAGCACUGCGAUUGCCCAACGGAGAGCUGACACAUGACAUUGACGUCGCGCUUGACCACACACAGGCGCACUUUCAGCGCCUCUACGAUCUCGAGCCGCGCGAUCGGGACCACGUCGAGCGACUUAGGGACGAUUUCUUGGCGCCGAUCAGGUCGGCGCGCACUUGCGAUGACCCGAGCUCGGACCCGCUCUUUCUGCGACGACUCUCGGAAGCGCACAUCGAGCUGCUGCAGCAACCCAUCACCGAGGACGAGGUCGUAGCCGCAAUCGCAACAACACACCCCGGUCGAUCGCCGGGUCCAUCUGGCGUGCCCUACGAGCUCUAUCACACAGCGCCGCGGGCGUGGGCCAAGGCGCUGAGCAGGGCCUUCAACGCGAUGACCGAGCGCGGCUCGCUUUCACCGAAGCAGGGGCAAGGACUCGCUCGCCUGCUCUUCAAGCACCACAAGAUCGGGGCCGAUCGCGCCGAGCUCUCGUCGUACCGGCCCAUCACCUUGCGCGAGUGCGACUACAAGCUCUUCACCAAGGUCUACGUUGCGCGACUCAACCACGUGCUGCCGGACCUGCUCCCACCGCAACAGCACGGCUUCGUCAAGGGCCGCCGAUCGGCGGACGCGUCAUUCCACCUGCGACUCUUGAUCGAGAGCUGGGCGCGCGCGGCACCGAGUUCCCUGACGCGGCGCUCUUGUCUCUUGACCAAUCGUCGGCUUACGACCUCGUCGAGCACGAAUGGAUCUUCGCCAUCUUCGACGCUCUCGGCGCUCCUGCCGCCUUCCAACGCGUUCUGAGGAUGCUCUACUCGGGUGACUCAACCACGGCGCGAUAUAUCAUCAACGGCUUCUUGACUCCGCCGGUGCGGCUGACGUGUGGGCUCGGCCAAGGGGACCCGGCGUCGUCGUCGGUCUGGGAUGUCGUGUUCCAGCCGUUCCUGGAUGCUCUGCACCGUCGAGGCAUCGCGCUGAACCUCUCGCUUCCUACCAUUCACCCCUACCCACAGAGCCGCGCCAUUACAUCCCUUGCGUUUGCCGAUGACGUCGUCGUCGCCGUCGCGGGCUCGGAGUCACUCAACUUGCUCGACGACCUGGCGCUCGACUGGAGGCUCGCAACCAAUGGCCGGCUCAACACCGACAAGACCGUCGUACUACCCAUCGGGUGUCGCUGGGAGGCUGGCGAUCGUCCGCUCGUCGUCAAGGCCGAGGGCGAGUCGCUCGAGUGGAUCGGCCUAUCUUUCGACCCCACCGGCAACACCGAACUCGCCAACGUGAAUCUCGUCGCACGGCUCGAAGCGGUGCUCGAUUCGGCACGGGACCGAGGGCUCACACACCACACCCGAGCGUUCUACGUCAACCGAUACGCCAUUCCCAAGAUUCUGCACAUCCUCUCCGCCGACAUCCCACCGCUCGAGGUCGUCAAGGAGCUUGAUCGCAUUCUCGCCGACUUUGUCCGCGGCGGCAAGAGGAGGUCGUGCUAUGGCAAGGACGUCGUCUUCACACCGAGGUUCAAGGGGGGUCUUGGGGUCAUGCGGAUGCAGGACGUCGUCGACUCGGUUGCGGCACGCGUCUGGGACGUGCUUCUUGGCGUUCGGAUGCGAUCUGGCAGGGACUUGCGCGCGCCGGCGAUUGUACGAGCCCAUCCCGCCCCGACUUUGACUUGGCAACCGAUGCGUGGCCUUGCGACUACACUCCGAUCCGAACCGAUCUACACCCAAGAUGGCAGGCCGUGCUGAAGGUACCAUCGACGCACAAUGCGCAAGUCAAGCCGAGGACGUUGACGCUCGCGAACCUUCUCGCUCUUCCGAUCAAGUUGCACACCCUUCACUACCUUACGGGAGCACGCUGUUGUCGCGACACCCUACGACGCGACUAUGCUGCGUUUGCCAUUUUACGCCAAGGUAGCGGACCUGUUUCGACGCGAGCUGUACCGGGCGGGGGCUUUCAUCUCUGGACGCCGCCGACGGAUGUGGUCGUCAGCAACAGCGAUACGAUCAACGGGGGCCGCCCACAACGAGAGCACAUCGUGGCAUGGUACCGGACAUGCGAUCAUCGAUUGAGGUUCACACCAAUAGCUCAACCGGUGGCGGCAGUACGAAUCAACGGGCCUCCCCGAGUCCGCCCCACCACGCCGCUCGAGUCGAUCCUGCCCCAUCCGAUCGACCCGCCGCAGCGCCUUCCGAGACGGCUCUCCAGACCAAUCAACACAAUACAACUUGCUCAGCAUGGAUCGGCCAUACACCAUCCGUCGCGUCGCCGAGUCUUGAAUGCAAAGGCCUUCACCGACACGAUCGGUUUCAGGGACUCGCUGCAGCCCGACGAUCUCAAGGGAUUCUGGAAGGGGGUCAACUCGAAGCAUUGACGGCGAGGGAACGCGAGGUGUGGUUCAAGCUCGUCAGGAACUUCACCCGACUCGGAGUCUGCAGUUUCAUCAAAAGCACGACGACUCGCCCGCGUGCCUCGUCUGUGGAGCGCCCAAGGACGAUCGGGAGCACUACUUCUUCGACUGCGUUGACUCUAGGAACGUUUGGAUCGCGGCAAGGGGCGUGCUCUGCGACGCACUGGGGCUCGACACCGAUCGACAACACGCAUUACACGGCCGUUCAACGCAUGUUCGGACUUCCGAAGCUCAAGGCCAGUCUGCGCGAUCAAGAAGGAGCGGGAGGACGAUCGAAAUAUUCACCGGGCUGGUCUUGGAGAUGAUCAGCAGCGGGAGGUGGGGGAUGCAGAAGUGGGGACGAGGAUGGAGGGUGUGGGAGGAGGAGGAUAAUCUUGGAGGAGAGGUUGAAGCUGAGGGCGGGAGGAGCUUGGGGGAGGAGAAGGCAGUAGAGGCUGGGUUCGACUUUCCCCCACCACCACACACCACCCAAAUUCUCGUGACAUCAUUUUCUCCUACUGUACACUAA